AUGGCCUUGCGGGUGCCGCCCGCCAACCAGAGCAUGCCAGAUGCCGAGGUGUGCAUCACAGACCUGUGCCAGGAGUCGGCGCCUGGGCUCCCCGCCAACCCGGCUCUUUUCAGCUACGUGCCCAACUGCGCAGACGCCUCCUGUCUGCCCUCUACCGGCUGCACAGCCUGCAAUACGGGCUUCUUCCUGGUGCGGCAUCCCCUGGUGCCCGGCGCAGCCAUGUGCCAGCAGUGCCAGGGCUGCCCUUCCAACCUGUGCGGAGCGCGAGGCUGCAUUUCUUGCCCCGUCCUGGGCCUGCCCAGCCGCGCCGCCGUGCCCGGCCUGCGCAGCCUCACCGGCCUGCUGGUGUUUGCCUGCCGUGGGACUGGCGGGCCAAAGGCUUUCCAGGGCCUGGGCACGCUUCCCUACACCGCGCUGUGGCCGGUCUCCGAGUUUGCUACCUGCCCCACCCUGUACGGAGAGUUCCAGUUCUCGUGGGACAGCGCCAAGUCGCUGGCCGACGGCUUCCCCACCAACCAGCAGUUUGGCGUGUCCAGCUGGUUCCUGCGCAGCCGCCCCGCCUUCCGCUUUGCCGGCAACAGCACCACCCGGCUGGGGUUCACGCUGUACCGCCGCAGCGCCGUCACCGCCACGCUCCAGUAUGUGGACGCCAGGACGGGGGCCAACACCACCCGCACCUUCUUCCACGCCCUGCCCCGAUCCCAGAACCGAGUGUGCAUAGGGGUGGCCAACUACGUGCGGCUGGCGGCGGCGGACUCGCGCAUGGCGCUCCACAUCACCGUCACCAACCUCAGCAAGCGCAAGGUGCUGAUUCGGCUGACGGGCGAGCGCUCGCUGACGCCGCGCCCCGGCAGCCCGCCCAGCUUUGUGGGCGGGCGGGUCACCGUGCUGGACCGCGGCGGCGCUGCGCUGGCCAACCCAGCCAACUCCACCAUCGCCUUUGACAAUGCCGAGAGGGUGCUCAUCCUGGCAGAGGAUGCAGAGUGGGGGCAGCUCAAGGCUGUGUAG